AUGCUCCUAGUGUUAGUGGCUGACUCCUGCGUGAUCAGGAUUCGAGGAGUAGUCAGUGGCAGCAACGAUAAGGCGAUUAUCAUGAUCAUGACGCAUCGCCUUAUCGAAGUAAUGUUCCGAGUCCUGCCCACGCAGGAGCUAGUCAACGGCGACAACGAUAAGGCGAUAAUCACGACGCAUAGUCUUGCCUUGCCAGGUGUGACAAUGCAGUCCCAUAUCAUUGUGUCGAAAUAUUAUUGUCCGACUCUCGAGCAAGAAACAGUAGAAGAUGUUCUAAAGAAAAUAUUGGUUAAUGAUCUGAGUGAAGAAGACAAAAGCUUACUAGAAGAUAUAAUUGAAAUCUUGCAUAGACCUGAAUACGUUUCUGAAAAUUCUAUUCAAUACGCCAGUCCAACUAGAACGACCCUAGACUGCGUCAUCUGUCGGAGUGCUUUCAGAACUGCUAUACAGGGACUCAAAGCUGGGCAAACUGAAGAAGAAUUGACGAAUGUUAUAUCUACACUUUGUAUAACGUUAGGAAUUGCUGGUUACGGCGUUUGCAAAGGAGCUGUUUCACUAAACAUACCAAUAAUUAGUUACAUUGUCAAAAAUGAACCACAAGCUACAGCAGAAGCAUUUUGUGGUUUCGUGCUACAAAACGUUGGAAACCCGAAUAACUGUCCCUUUGACGAUCAACGAUUUGAGUGGGAGGUAACCCUCCCCGCGCCUCCUGCUGUGGAAGCGGUGCCAGUUUUCGAAACUAAACCAUUGACGAUUGCGAUAAUCACCGACGCUCAUCUAGAUCCUCUUUAUGAAGCUUUCGGAGUGGCUGAUUGCGAUGAACCGGUAUGCUGUAGAAUAGGACAAAGACCCGCAAGUAAUUACAUUUACAAAUCGCACAUCGACGAAUCUGUUGUCGCAGAGAGCUUAACUAAUGUUAGUGGAGAAAUAAAAUUGAAUUUGAACGUUGCACCAAAGAUCAGAGAGUUGAGGAAGAAGUCACAAACCAGAUUUUCGAAGCGGCACACAGCACCGGCUGGUUAUUGGGGUGAUUACAGGAACUGUGACUCCCCUAUUUGGGCUUUCGAUGAUGUUAUUGAUAGAAUAGCAGAGACACAUAAGAACAUAGAUGUUUUGUACUACAUCGGUGACACUAUUGAUCACGGUGUUUGGGAAACGUCUUAUGAACUAAUUAAUGACAUGAACCGAUAUUUAAUCGAAAAAAUAAGGAAAACCUUUGGAGAUGAAGUACAGGUUAUACCUGUACUAGGAAAUCACGAAUCUCAACCCACCAAUCAGUUUGCUCCCUCAAGGGUAAUUGGAGAUCAUUUGAAUACUACUUGGCUUUAUGAAGGGUUAGUUGAUAAAUGGGGAUUCUAUUUGACUGAAGACUCUAAAAGGACAUUACUUGAACGCGGAGAAUUCUCUCAGUUGGUGAGACCCGGUUUGAGGGUUAUCGUACUCAACAAUAAUGUCGCAUAUAGAUAUAACUGGUGGCUAGUUUAUGACCCCUUGGACGCAAAGAAACAUUUAGAUUGGUUAGUUGAAGAAUUAUACAAAGCAGAAAUAGCCGGAGAGAAAGUUCACAUACUGGCACACAUACCUCCUGGAGUUCACGACCUCACAUACACUUGGACUAGAGAAUAUAACAAAAUAGUAAACAGAUUCACUAACACAAUAGCCGCUGAAUUCAACGGGCACACUCAUUCUGAUGAGUUCAAAGUAUUCUACAAUCAGCAAGGUACACCAAUUAACGUUGCGUGGGGAGGAGGUAGUGCCACCAGCUACACGUUCUACAAUCUAAAUUAUAAGAUUGCUACUAUAAACACUCGGACAUUCGAACCUCUGAAUAUCGUGAACUAUGCUUACAAUCUAACGGAAGCUAAUUUAACUCCAAACCGAAGGCCGCAUUGGUUCCAACUAUACGAUAUGAAGAAUACGUUCGGUCUCACUGAUUUGUCAGCAGUGUCAAUGAACGAUUUAGUUUACAAAAUGGUAACUACGAACAAAGAAUAUUUGGAAAAAUACGCAGCUUUUUAUUCAAAAUUAAGCGACACACGUUGGCCAAAUUGUAAUAUUAACUGCAAGCUGGACAACCUUUGCAAAAUUGUUGUAACUGUUUUAUGGGAAAGGCAAAGAUGUGAAGAGCUUCGGCAACUGUAUUCUGUAUCUUAAGAAAAGAAGGAAGAAUUCUUAAAAAAGAAUUUUGACAUUUAAUCAAUGACAAUUAGUUUUAAAAUUUUGACAUUGUAUUUAACUUACCCAACA